UCUCGAAGCCCGUCAUUUUUCGCGCAGUUUUGUUCCUUCAGUUUCCGGUCUAACUUUAUAUUUUGCGAUUUCGGCUUUCUGUUCAUUCUUGAUGAGUGGUUGGAGGAAAGUUUCAGUACGUCACUAUUCAUGCUGGGAUUCUUAAUUGUGUUGCUAUUUCACCGUAGCUUUGACCGAAAUUAAUGAUCAAAAUGUAUUCUAUGUUGAUUCUAUUUUCCUCAGAGUAUGAAGAUGGCGUCACAAACCAUGAUUGCUCUCUACUUUCUGAUUGCCUCGGUCGUGGCAGCAAGUGCUUUAGUCCAGGAAGAGAACCAGGGCGAGAGCCCCGACGUUUGCGGCGAAGACCAGGGUCAAUGUUACUUUGAUAAUACGUGUUACGAUGCAAGCGAUGUAUGUGAUGGUAUAUAUGACUGCCCAAUUGGUAUCGAUGAAUUCAACUGUACAGGAUGUUUCGCAUGUAGUGGAAGCUCCAAGUGCCUGAAUGAUUUUCGGGUUUGUGACUUCUAUAUCGACUGCCCAGGACAGGAAGAUGAGUCUGAGAGUCUCUGUAGACAUUCUGAAUUCAUCAAGAAUGUUCAGGUACCAACUGGAGACUGGGUGACUAUUGACCAACGCUCUGGUGGUGAUGAGAAUCGCAACACCCCAGCAAGCAACUUCAAAAAGUUCACACACUAUGUAUUUCAGGGCGAACCAGGUACAACCCUUUUCAUGGAGUUACUGAAUUUUACCUGGUCUGAGGGCCCGCUAGUCUCCUUGCACGAAAUCUCUGCUGGUGCUGGAGACGACCCCACAGACGAUGCAACUCUUUACGUUUACUUGGCAUAUGGAGGUUACGCAGCAAGCAUUAGCAACUCUUGGAACUUUUCUCUCAAGAGCAACACAGGUUAUGCUCUGAUCAAUUUCCCCAAAGGCAUAAAUGCUUCUGUCCAGCUACGGGUCACAGCCAUAGCAUGCGAGAGCCAUGAGAGUCUAUGUAUUGGAUCUCCUCACUGCGUGGACUGGGCCAAUGACAAGUGCAAUGGGGAAUACGAGUGUGUCUACAGCCAAGAAGAUGAAUUCAAAUGUGACGGCGAUCUGGGCAGCGUUUCACAAAACGGUACAGUUGAUGACCCAUCCGCCGAAGACCCAUUUAAACAUGCCUAGCCAUCGUAAUACUCCAAGUAAUAGUUUCAUCGAGAAGUUCGGGGAGCAGCCUAUCGGGAUCUUCUCCAUGUGGUCGAUCAGACGACAUCUCCGUUUACUGAGACUUUUGUCAAAUUAAUGCGAAAACAAAAAUAAUUGGUUAUCAGUCAUCACUGACCUUAACCUUUGCCUCUUAAAUAUAAAAGUGCAAUAAAUAUAUAUAUAUAUUUUAUGUAUCUCGUUUCAAGUAAAGUAUCGAUAUGCUUACAUCAAGCCAAUAUAGUUUUUUUUUUGUUGACGGCAGUUUAGCCAAUGCACCGGAACACAUAUAGCUCCGUUUAGUCUCAUUUCACAACGCCCUCUAUCGUCAGAGUCAGCAGCCUAACAUGUUAGCCUAUGGAAUUUUA